GAUUAUUUCCCAUUAGCAUGAUUAUUCACUAUCUUUAUUACCUUUAUGCAGUUAGUAUUUCUCUCUCUUGUGAGUGGGCUGAAUCCUCCGUAAGUAGUCAUAUAAAUUACAUCAAUGGGGGAUCUAGCUCCAAGUACACUAACAGGAGAGAGUUGAGAUGUCAUCUUUAAGACCUACCCUCUGUAGAGGAAGGAUGAAGUAUAAAUUUAACUAAGGCUGUCCCAGGCUGUCCUCUUAUGUUCAAGAAAAAGUCUGCACCACCGCAUGGCUCUGACUUGUUCCCCUGCUACCCUUCCUGCCUCAAACACCCUGCAGGAUCUCUAGAAAGACCUCUAAGCAUAAUCCCCCUUCUCUCUGCCUCUUGAUUUGGAAAGAGAAAGCCAGUAAGUCAUUUCAGUGUGUGUUUCCACUGGCACCCAGGUAUGGACUCAUCAAUUGGUCCCAGCUUAUCUGCUCGUGCGGCAAGUAUUCAAUGUGCACAGUUCAUCCUUGCUGUGUCACCAAUACCUUCCAUGGCCAAGUUAGGACUAGUGACAACUUAGUCUGUAAAGAGUAUCCAUCUAUGAAAAAUUUGAUAUCAGGAGUACAACAUAUUUUAGCUCCAGUUCAAUGUAUGAGGCAAAUCAUUGUGCUCUUGGAGGAACUUAGGUGUUCAAGCUGCCCUUAGUUACAUGUAAUUACCUGUAACUGCAAGUAAGGGAUAUGUGGCACUUAACUACAAAGGUAACUUACCCAGCAGCCAGUCUGCAGAGGUUACAUAUAUCAGCAGGUUUUCACUGUUGUCUGUGAAAGAAACGGUAGCUUUGACCAAGUAGCUGAAACUCCAUCUAUGUAUUAGUAUGAAAUACUUCAAGGCCUUCUCUGUAUGUUUAUCUAGCAAUAAGAAAAAAAGUAAAAUAGUUUGGAAAGGUAGUAACUUGAGAAGCAAAAUAUACUCAAGUAUUUAAAGACAACAGCCCAAUUUUUCAGUUAGUACUUAAUCUGAAUUACUCUAUUGACUGCCAGGUUUCAGUAGUGAGGACCUAGCUCUGAGGCACACCUUCUGAGGGCUCACAGAAUACAUAAGGAGCUUUUUUAAACAGUUUUUGAUAACUUUCUUCUCUCUUUUGACUGUUGUGAAGCUGAUGGCUCUUUUUAUUUCUCCAGAGAAGAAGAGAAGACAAAAAAUUACCAUCUCUGAUAAUUUGUAUCAUUACAUUUCUAGUCUCCAUGGAAACCUAUGUGGUGCUCCACAGUUGGGUAACAUUUCAGUAUGUUGCAGCAGAAAUCAGAUGGAGGGAAGACUGGGUUCUGCACCUUGCCUGCUAAUCAAUUAAAAGUGGUUUUGAAAUUAUUUCCACAUUGUGUUGCAAUCAUUUACAGUAACAAUGGAAGAAAUCAAAGUAAUCAAAUUAAGCUAUUAUGGCCUGAUCCUACAUACACCUGUGCAGAUAACUCUGCCCCUCAGUUUGAUUCUGAUAGGCAUUGACAUGAAUUUGGAAGAAUUAUUUGGUUUUAGUAGGAUUAUAUGGAUUAAUACUAUGGAAACUGAAAGCAUAAUAGCAAACUGUUUGUCAAGCUGACUCUAAUAAAAAGCUUGCCAGAGAGGUAGUAACAAUCCCCUUGUUGUAAUUUAUGUAAGCAAAGCAUUUUGAAAAUCAAGAACCUUAAGUCUUUAUCUUUCUCGGUCUUCACUCUUGUUCUUCCACUACUAAGGAAGAAACACAUCUCAGAACUGGUUUCCUGUGAAAAGAUACAGUAACUUCAUCUGCCUGCCUCUUCAGGAUUUCCUUGUUUUUUAUUCCAAGCUUUAUCAACUUGAACACAAAGGCACAUAAUCUUACGGGGACAGCAGAAGGUGAUACAGAGAAGGAAUAUACGGGGAGAGACCAGUCUUUUUUUGUGACCACAGUCAACCCAUGAAGAGUGAGUGCUCUCAGCCACCUACAAAAUACUGUGGAGAAAAUGUAUGCUAGUCGAGAGGAUAUUGGAUACGAUUUUGGAGAUGACUCAAAAGUGGGAAGUAAGCCAGUUAAGCCUAAUCCAAACAUCGAUGGAGGAUGGGCUUGGAUGAUUGUACUUUCCUCUUUCCUUGUGCACAUACUUAUCAUGGGGUCCCAAAUGGCCCUUGGAAUACUCAACAUGGAAUGGCUUGAAGAGUUUAACCAAAGUCGUGGCUUAACAGCAUGGGUUAGCUCCCUCAGCAUGGGCAUUACACUUAUUGUAGGUCCUUUCAUUGGUUUAUUCAUCAGCAUGUGUGGAUGCCGCAAGACAGCUAUAAUUGGAGGGAUAUUGAAUGCCCUAGGUUGGAUACUGAGUGCUUAUGCCUCCAAUGUGCACUACCUCUUCCUUACGUUUGGAGUGACAGCCGGCAUUGGAAGUGGCAUGGUUUAUCUGCCUGCAGUGGUCAUGGUAGGACAAUAUUUUCAGAAGAGAAGAGCGCUUGCACAGGGACUCAGUACCACGGGAACAGGAUUUGGAGCUUUCCUAAUGACUGCCUUACUGAAGUACCUUUGCAUCGAAUUUGGGUGGAGGAAUGCCAUGUUCAUCCAGGGCGCCAUCUCCCUGAACCUUUGUGUCUGCGGGGCACUUAUGAGACCACUCUCUCACAAAGACAUUGUUAGUGAAAAAUACGUUGUGAGAAGUAAUAGUGAAGAUAAUCAGGCAAAAGUUCUGUCCCACUCUGCAGAGACUAUAAAAUCUAAUGGAGUCCUCGGUGAAGAACCAGAAAAAAAAGAAGCAGCAACAAAUGAAGAAGUGCUUGACAGUGUUCAGCACAUAGAAAUUGGAGCUAAAUCUAGAAGUGGAAGGAAUAUGUACGGACUGCGCAUUCUUAAGACAGUGAGCCAGCUGACAGUUACUGUCAGGAAGGGCUUUGCAAUAUGGUACUCCAGCUACUUUGGAGCUGCAUCACUGUUUACCAAUAGAGUAUUUGUGGCCUUUAUAAUUUGGGCUUUGUUUGCCUAUAGCAGCUUUGUCAUUCCCUUUAUUCAUCUUCCAGAAAUAGUCAAGCAGUACAACUUAUCUAGUCAGAACAAUGUAUUUCCUUUGACAUCCAUUAUAGCCAUUGUUCAUAUUUUUGGUAAAGUGAUCCUUGGAAUCAUCUCUGAUCUCCCAUGCAUCAGUACAUGGAACGUCUUCCUCAUGGCUAACUUUACCCUGGUCACCUGCAUUCUUACUUUGCCACUAAUGCAAACAUACGUUAGCCUGGCUGUGGUUUGUGCUCUAAUAGGAUUUUCUAGUGGCUAUUUUUCUCUAAUGCCUGUUGUGACUGAAGAUUUAGUUGGAACUAAACACCUUGCAAAUGCCUAUGGCAUCAUCAUUUGUGCCAAUGGAAUAUCUGCAUUGUUUGGACCACCCUUUGCAGGCUGGAUCUAUGACAUCACACAUAAAUACGAUUUUUCUUUUUACAUAUCUGGCUUGCUAUACAUGGUGGGAAUAAUAUUUUUACUUAUACAACCUUGUAUUCAAAAGAAACAACCAAGAGAAAAAUCUACAGAAGAAGCACAAGUACAGAACAAAUUCUAGAAGUUUUUUUCUGAAUUUUUUUGUUUUCAUGUUUCUAUUGUUUGACAGUAUGAAGCUGUUUUUCUUAUGGAACCAACUACAUUGAGCUGUACUUAAGUGAAAAGCAAAUGUGCUCCAAAAUGCCAAUAAAUUAUUAGAAAUAUGCUUUUAAAA